AUGCGAACCGUGGGGAAUUCGUCCGGAACAGCGGCGGCGAUCACAACAGCACGUGCUCGUCGCUGGAUUAUUGUCGCCCAAUUGGGUAACCUCUUUCUGCUCAUCGUACUAUAUCUACACGCUUACGUCACGUUUGUUAGCGUCGAGUGCGAUUUGUUAGGAGAGGAACCAGUGAAGGAUUUUGAAAAUGUUCGUACGAGAAGAUCGGCGAAGAGAACGUUACCGUUGGAGCUUGAGGAGUACACUAUCAUUUUAGGGCAGAACACUUUAAUUCCAAAAGAUGUAUUGGAGCGAUCAUGUGCACGUAUUCAUCGCCAUUGCUCAGAUGUUGGCAUGAAACUGAUGGGUUUUCAAGGAGCUCGAGGUGAUCCUGGCUCACAGGGUCCGGUUGGUCCGCCAGGAAAGCGAGGCCCUGUUGGAAAUGUUGGUCCUAGCGGACUUGUUGGAGAAGCUGGUGAUAUUGGAGCUCCUGGAAGAGACGGUCGUUGUAACUGCUCGUUCCCCGAUAUGUAUGUUCACAGGGUGCCAAUUCCUGGACCGCCUGUUAUUCAGGUAGAAGAAAAGAUGGUGCCUGUUCCAGUUGUUGUGGUGAAAGAAGUGGAGGUUACACGACUUGUUCCAUUUGAACCGACACCUCCUGGUUUUGGUCCGCCACCCGGAUGGUCACCUGGAAUGCCGAAGCCUGACCUAAGUAGAACAAGAAAGUUGCCAAGAUUUUCCACGAUUACCACUACACCUACUCCACCGCCGACUAGGCGGCGGAGACCAACAACACCUACCAAAUACUUUGUGCCACCAGUAUUCGGUGAAAAUGGCACGCUUUUGUUCGGAAACUUCACUGACGAGUGGGGGAACUACACGAAUUUCACCACUCCAGCUCCGUACACGGGUCCACCUACUCUUGGUUAUAAUAGACGAGAGUGUAUGCUGGCUGCUGUAGGAAUCCCAGUGCUACAUGCAGAGUCCCAAUACGGCGAGGUUGGUUCAUGGAUGCGUGAUGCGCAUCCCCAAUCAGACAGCAUGGCCGAGAAGCGUUGGGUUACCGACGGCUAUGCUUCGCCGGUUCUUUAUGAAUAUGAAAAUGAAAGACAAAUGAUGAACAAGGUGCAGAAAAUAAAGUACUACGUUGACUACCUAGCAUCGGGUACCGGUAAUCUCAUUUAUAACGGCUCCUACUACUACCAUAAACAUGGCUCGACUGCGUUGGUCCGCUAUGAUCUUGAAACGACUGACCAAAUUGAAGCGGAACUUGGUGACAUUGCACACAAGGACUGCGGACGUCUUCCAGAUCACACUUUUGAGGAGUGCAAUGAAACCGAUAGACAUUCGUGGUUGUACAAUCGUCCUCACAAUUAUGUGGAUUUUGCGGUGGACGAAAAUGGAUUGUGGGUGAUCUACAUGCGACCUGAAAGUGAUUUUCUUUACGUUAGUAAAAUUGAACCGGACUUCUUUAUCGUGGAUUCUUGGGAGAUUCCGGAUGUGAACGGAACCCAAUUGGCAGAUGCUUUCAUAAUGUGCGGAGUGCUGUACGGAUUACAGAGUGCAACUACUCGUGAUUCUCGGAUCAGUUUCGCUUACGAUCUCUUCAGGAACGAGACGAUUCCUGGACAAGUGGCAUGGUACAAUCCGUACCAAGGCCUCACCAUGCUUCACUACAAUCCUGUUGACAGUCGACUUUAUUUCUUUGACGAUCGUCGUCUUCUCAGCGUUAACGUCAGGAUGGAUGAAGAAGAGCCGUAUUACGAUGACUGA